GCGGGCAGAGAACCAUGCGGUCCCUCCUGCUGGUGGGCUUGAUCGCUGCCGCGCUCGCCACCGCUCCUGUCCGCUUCGACAGGGAGAAGGUGCUCCGAGUGAAGCCCAAGGACGAAGAACAAGCAAACGUCAUAAAGGACUUGGCCAAAACCAACAAGCUUGACUUCUGGUAUCCAGAUGCCACCCAUCACGUCGCUGCUAACAUGACGGUGGAUUUCCGAGUUAGUGAAAAGGAAUCCCACGCCAUCCAGUCUGCCUUGGACCAAAAUAAAAUGCACCAUGAAAUCUUGAUUCAUGAUCUACAAGAAGAGAUUGAGAAACAGUUUGAUGUUAAACAAGAUAUCCCAGGCAGGCACAGCUAUGCAAAAUACAAUAACUGGGACAAGAUUGUUGCUUGGACUGAAAAAAUGGUGCAUAAGCAUCCUGAAAUGGUUUCUCGUAUUAAAAUUGGAACUACUGUUGAAGAUAAUCCACUGUAUGUUCUCAAGAUUGGGAAAAAGGAUGACAGCAGAAAGGCUAUUUUUAUGGAUUGUGGCAUUCAUGCGCGAGAAUGGGUCUCGCCAGCAUUCUGCCAGUGGUUCGUCUAUCAGGCAACAAAAACUUAUGGAAAAAACAAAAUUAUGACCAAGCUCUUGGACCGAAUGAAUUUUUAUGUUCUUCCUGUGUUCAAUGUUGAUGGAUAUAUUUGGUCAUGGACACAGAACCGCAUGUGGAGAAAAAAUCGUUCCAGGAACCAGAAGUCUCGCUGCAUCGGCACUGACCUCAACAGGAACUUCAACACCUCGUGGAACUCUCUUCCUGACACCAAGCACCCAUGUAAGGAAAUCUAUCGGGGCCCCGCACCAGAGUCCGAGAGAGAGACCAAAGCUGUCACUGACUUCAUUCGAAGCCACCUGAAAUCAAUCAAGGCCUACAUCACAUUCCAUUCCUACUCCCAGAUGCUACUGUUUCCCUUCGGAUAUACAUCAGAGCCGCCACCUAACCAUGAGGACUUGGACAAAGUUGCAAAGAUCAGCACUGAUGUUCUAUCAACUCGAUAUGAAACCCACUACAUCUAUGGCUCAACAGCAUCAACAAUUUACCCGACAUCAGGUUCUUCUCUAGACUGGGCUUACAACCUGGGCAUCAAACACACAUUUGCCUUUGAGCUCCGAGAUAAAGGCAAAUUUGGUUUUCUCCUUCCGGAAUCUCAGAUAAAGUCAACCUGUAAAGAGACCAUGAUAGCUGUCAAAUUUAUUGCCAAGUAUAUCCUCAAGCACACCUCCUAAAGAAUGGCCCUCAGUUUGGAAUAAGCCAGUUAAUCCUUCUUUAUGCCUUUCACCACCAGAGAGUCAAUCUUCAGUUAUCCCUAGCUGUAGCUUCCACAUCACCUGAAUAGUCCCUUUCUUGCUCACUUAAGCACUAUGUUAUUUCUUUCUACUUUUAUUUACUCUCAGUAGCACUUUAACAAAUACCUUUAAGUGAAAGCUUUUACUACCUUUCUUUGCUCCGAGUAAAGUCUGAACCCAGCUCAAAGGAUGAUUUUGAGUAUUUUGAAAGAUGAUAUACAGUGGUCACAGGAAAGAAAUGAGAACCUUCAGUUUCUCCAGAAUCAGAUUUUCCAUGCAACUUCAU